AAACAGGUUUUCUGAUUGACACUAAAUUGUGUGUAAUGUUGCUCAGCGUGAAGAUGAAGUCCAGCCUCAUGAGCUCUGUAUAUAAACAGCUGUCAGCUUCAACACAAACCACCAGAUGAGCAGCACACUACAGUCUUUCAUAUUAAAUACCUUAGAAAAUGGCAACAACUUUGCACCUAAUCGGUGGCAAUGAAGGUCAGGAGUUUUCCUUCACUGGUGAGAACAAUGGUUCCAGUUUACAGAGGAUGUGGGUUUGGGUGGGAGGAUCAGAGGUGAAGGCGGUCCGGGCCUGGCUUACAGACGGAAGAGAAGAAACUUUUGGAAAACCUGAAGGAUCAUAUCAAGAGUUUGUGUUUCAGCCCGGCGAGCUCAUCACCUCGAUGUCACUGUGGGGAAACGGAUAUGGGACGCGUUUCGGAGCCAUCAAAUUCAACACCAACCAUUCCAGAAGUUUCUUUGUGAAAAUGACGAGGUGGCGUUUGCAAACAGAAUGGACCAUCGACGUCGGCUCUGGAUUGUGUCUGGGCAUCGUGGGAAGAUGCGGCGAAGACAUCGACUGCAUGGGAUUUUUAUUUCUCAAUAAAGUUGAGUCAGUAAUUCUCACUAAUCUCAGCUAUCCAACUCUUGACCUGGUCAAACCAAACGUCGCACUAGAAGUGAUCCAAUCGAGCACUUACAAGAACGAAACCUCCGUCAGUCAAGAGCAAACCAUUGAAAGCUCAAAAAAAAUAACCCAAUCCUCCUCAUGGUCUACAAAAGAAAGCAUCACAAGCACAUUCUCCAUGGAGGUGAAGGCUGGGAUUCCAGAUAUCGUAGACGUUUCCACAGGAUUCAGUCUUGAGAUUGGGACAGAAAACACUUACAGUAAAGAAUACACGGAUGAAAGAACGGAAACACAAACGUUUAAGAUCGAUGUUCCAGCGAGGAAGAAGGUGGAUGUUCACAUCACGAUUGGCAGAUGUAGUUUUGAUCUCCCGUACAGCGGCACAGUGAUGGUCAUGUGUGAGAACGGUUCAGUGUUCACAUAUCAAACCAAAGGCAAAUACAAAGGUGUCAGUUACACCAAAAUAAGAGUUGACACCAAAGAACACAACCUUUAAUAUCAAGACAUAAAUUGAUUUCUACAUUUACUUGAACGUUUCUUAGUUGUUGGAGGCUGUUUGAUUUGUUUCUGUUUUGAUUUUGUUCAAGUUUAAAUGUUAAAGGCAGCAGUAUGUUAACUUCAAUAAUAAAUCACCUGUAUAACCACAAGAAAUGCCUUUAGGUCGGUGAUUGACCUCAUUAUGCAUUAAGUUCAAUGAUAUUUCACUUCACUGUAAAUGUGUUGUGCGGUGAGAAAACAUUCAGUGUUGUCAAGAGAAUGUUUCAGUUCCCAACAAAAAUAAACUGUUUUAACAUCA